CGCCGACUUUAAUCGGGUCAAGCCACUUAAACCACCGUGACCCCAACAUUCACGUUCCCCUCCAUCUUCCUCCCCCAAAUCUCUCUGAUCCCAAUUGUUCCCGAAACCCUAACCCUAAUUCUGUUCCAGUAAUUGCCAAAUCGCCAUGCUUCUCUCUCCAGGCCACUCCCCUCGCCACCUUUCCUCCCCAUCCCCAUCUCUUUCGUUCUCCUCAGCCGAUCCACCGUCGUCUUCUGCCCCUUCAAACCCCCCAAAACGGUCGCCGGCAGUUCUCGACGAAGACAGCUAUGUCGCUGGAAUAGAGAAGAUCAUCGAGCGUGACUUCUUCCCAGAUAUUCCGAAGCUUCGCGAUCGUCUCGAUUGGCUCGAGGCUGUCAGAACGAGAGAUCCCGUUCAAAUUCGCGACGCCCAGUUGAAGAUACUCGAGCGCCGCCGCGGACUGAACCGCGUUGACGGAGGUAAAAUCCGAACUCCUGGUUCAACUUUCUUUAAGAAUUCCGUUACCCCUUUUGAAUUUGAUCGAACCCCAUCUGUAAUUGAUGGGAAUUUGGGUGGUGGGGAGGUAAUUGGUAAUGGGGUUGAUGUUAAUUUGAGUUUGGAUCAGUUUUUUAGGAAGUAUACUAGUGAAGAUAAUGUCAGUUUUAAUAAGAUUAUGGAAAAAGUUAAUCGUAAGAGAAAGGAGAGAUAUGGGUAUUUGUUGGAAGGUGAGAAGGAAGAGGAUGAGGAGGUUAAGGGGAUUGAGGAUGUUAAGAGGGAUAGGAUUACGGAUGGGUAUGGUACAUCCGAUCAGCCGCCUAGUACCUUGGAGGGUUGGAAGUAUUGUGCUAAGAAUUUGUUAAUGUACCAUCCUGCUGAUAGGGGUGAAGCUCCGUUGACAGCGGAGGAGAGAGCUGAGAGGAUGAAGGGUUUGACAAAGGAGGUUGAUCGGUAUAAUACGCGGUUUCAUGGGAAAAUCUCAGAUUCUGGACCAAAAGAUGAGGAUGAGGUUGAGGUUCUUUAUAAUAUGGUUGCGGGGGGAACUCCAGUGAUGUCUGAUAGGAAUAGGGAUAAGACAAAGAAGUAUGAUUUGGAGGAUUUGAGGAAGUCACCGAAUCUGUUUUAUGUUGAGUCUGAGAAAAGGGCUGACAAUGGUUACAACUUUGUGAAGACUCCUUCACCUGCUCCUGGUGUGGAUGAAUCACCAAUUAUCACUUGGGGUGAAAUAGAAGGGACGCCGUUGAGAUUGGAUCCUGAGGAUACGCCACUUGAUAUUGGCGGUAGUGGUGAUGGGUCACGUUUCAAGAUUCCGUUGCCUCCUACACGGGAUUUAAAGGCUCAUUCUUUGUCGAGGGAGGCUGCUCGUAAGUUGAAGGAAAGGUCAAGGAUGUAUGAAAAACCACCACUGCCUUCGCCCAUGAGGAGUGGAAGUGCCAGUCCCAGUGUAAGGACUCUUUCUCCUGCUGCUCAGAAGUUUAUGAGGAAUGCAAUGGCAAAAUCUUCGGCUUCUGUUGACGAAUCUCUGCGUGCUAGUUAUCGAGGCAACAGCCCUGGCCCCGGUACUCCUAAAUCAGGAAGGAGCAUGUCGAAGCUUGCAAGAGAUGGAACCAUUGAUUCCACUAGGUCACCUUCUGUUAGAGAGGGUUCUAAUCCUCCUUGGUAAUCCGUUUAUUGCUUUGUAGGAACUACAACUUAGAGUAACAAACUUCCAUUGUACAUUAAUUCUCCUGGUACGGAUCUCUCUUGUACUCCAGCCCUCUGUAUCUGAUAACUUGUGUUUCCCUAUGGUUUCAUGAAGUACAUGUAAUAUCAUCCUAUCUCUUAUUUGUCUA